AUGCGACCACCGAAUCUCUUCCUUAAUCUCGUUUUUAUUGUCUUUUUAUCCGAUCUCACUGGUGGAUUACCGAAUCGGGGACUUGAGUUUCCAUUACGAAACAUUUUCUAUCAGUUGGCUCUACGCCGAGCUCGUCGCUCAUGUCCAUGUGCUGCACUGUCUCGAUCGAGAUGCGUUUGUCGGCCAUCCGAUCCAACAAAUCCAGUCUCCCCUGCGCAGACAUGCACUUGUACAGCACCCACUCUCACCAAUGAACAAGAGUGCCCAUGUGCUGCUCAGGCCCGUCAAUCAAUCUGUGAACCGUCAUGCGAGUCAACCUGUGUAAGCAGUUGUACCACAGCCGAGAACCCGAAGCCCGCUUGUGAGCACACUUGCAAGUUCACGUGCUCGUCCACUUGUCAAUCAGUUUAUUCGGAGCCCGUUCAAGUGGUGAUCAAUCAACAAAACGAUCCGCGAAAGUGCAGUCCAGUGUGCGCCGAUGCGUGCACCGCCUCGUGCACCUCACAAAAAUCCCCGUCAGCCGACUGUCGUCAGAGUUGUAUCGGUUCCUGCGAGCCGACGUGUCUCCGCCGGCUCCGCACUUGCACGAAUCCCGCAUCGCCGACUUGUGGACAACAGAGUCAGAUUGAAGUUACAUUCGAGCAACGAUCCUUUGCCAUGGCUCUCCCAGUCGCUCCGCCAUCCGUUUUCCCCACUUUAGCCCCACCACCGAGCUGUUCCCCGGAAUGUCAGCCUGGCUGUGAGCCAUCAUGCGUGGCCACUCUUCAAAUCGCCAUCCGUCCCUCGAUCACCAAUUGUGUCCCAGCUUGCCAACCGACUUGUCUACCCGAUUGUGUACAAACGUACAAUGAGGUGACCAGAGACUACACAACAAAAGCGCCACAAAUGCAUUGCCCAGUGCAAGCGUGUCAACCGAAUUGUCACGCCUCGUGUCUACAAACGUUCAAUUUCCUUCUCUCAAUUCAACCAUCAACCACCACUCCGACUCCAACACUCUACUGCACAUCGAUCUGUCAACCAACUUGUCAGCCUCAAUGUAUCGCAAAUUCCUUUGGUCUUGCCCUUCCCGCACCCCCAAAUCCACCACAAAACCAAGAAUGUCCACCUCAAUGUCAGCCAGCUUGUAGCCCGUCUUGUGCAACUCAAAAUCAGAUCAUCGAAGAAGAGAUCGAUGUGCUCUCGUUUAAUUUGACUCUUCCAUCACAGACGCAAGUACCUCGCGUUUCCUCAUCUCCAUGCACUCCCGCGUGUCAACCACUUUGUUUACCCAGUUGUGUCAAUGUUUUAGGAGGAUUUGGAAGACAGAUUCCGAUGAUUGCAACAACUACCCCAUCACCUCCAGCACUUCAAUGUGCUCCUCAAUGUCAGCCAUCGUGCGAUACACGAUGUCUGUUAGCUCUUCAAAUUGAGACCCAACUCCAGCUGCAGACAACACAGCCGACAAGCUAUUGGACAGCUCCCACUUGUGCUCCAGCAUGUCAACCGGAUUGUUCGGAGAGUUGUUUGAGCGAGUUGGUGGUGGAUUUAGAGAUACCGAUCGUUAAAUCGUGUCUCCCACAAUGUCAGCCAUCAUGCAAGCCACAAUGUAUCAAGCAGUACACAAUGACCACCCUCCGGCCAUCAACCCCAUCAUGCACUCCAGUGUGUCAACCAGCCUGUGAUCCGAUUUGUAUCACCCAAUUUCAAAUCGCCAUUCAAAAAGUCGCCACGACGAAAGCGACAACGAUGAGAACUUGCAUCCAAACAUGUCAACCCCUUUGUGACAAUGCCUGCAUCGCGAGUUAUCAAGUUCAAAUGACCCAACCAGCAGCCACUGUCACUUCAAAUAAUUGCCUCCCCGCUUGUCAACCGAUUUGCGACCAACAGUGCAUCAGUCAAUAUCAGACCCAACCAAUGUCCACCACACAACCACCAUCAAUCGUCCCUCAAAAGGAUUGCAUCCCGGCUUGUCAACCCACGUGUACUCCUGUUUGUGUCAAGCAAUUUGCACCCAGCACUCCUAUGCCUGUGUCCCGCAAUGCCUGUGUCCCGCAAUGUCAACCCGCUUGUCAACAAACGUGUAUACAGCAAGCAGCCAACGAUCCCCUCCAAACAGCCACAAUUCCCACCUUCACAUUCACGAAAUCGACUCCAAACUCGUCUCCGCCAUGUCCACUCGCUUGUCAACCAACUUGCAAUCCAGCGUGUGUCAAUGGGAUUUUCACUAUUGCCGUUGAACAGACCAACACCUCUCCGGAGGUCCGUUGUGAGCCAAUUUGUCAGCCAGCUUGCGAGCCAACCUGUAUUCAAAAAAAUCAAAAUGCUGAUGCUCAAAUCAUAGUCGAAGGUCCAAGCACUUGUGUUGAGGCAUGUAUGCCGAUGUGCGAUCCGAUGUGCAUUGGAGUUCAAGUAUCGGCUUUACUCCCGAUCGAGAACCGAUGCGCUCCAAUUUGCCAGCCGGCUUGCACUCCCGAUUGUGUCCAACAGAAUCCCUACAAUACGGUCUCAAUUCCCACCUCGUUAGCCCAAUCGGGUGGGAAUUGCGCGAAAAAUUGUCAACCCUCUUGCCUCACCAAUUGCACGCAAGAUUAUCAAUUUGAGAUCAACGUGCCACAGCGCUGCCUUUUGCCGUGCGAGCAGGGAUGCACGACGAAUUGCGUCCAGCGGGGAGUCGCCUCGCAAAAUGAUUGUUUGAGAGGAUGUUCAAACUUUUGCGGCACUCAAUGCACCCAAGGAACCGCCUGUCCACAAUGUGAAAGCGGGAAUCUAAAAAUCGAGAUCGUGCUGGAAGAGCCAAUCUCUGAAACGGCUCAAUGUGUGAGUGAAUGCUCGGGCGAUUGCGAGCGACAGUGUCGAAGUCAGCGCGGAACACCGAUGCAAUGUGCUCCGAUUUGUGAUCGAGCGUGCAGGGAUCGGUGUCCCGUUGAGGUCCGACCUUGUCGUCAGAAACGUUCUGGCUGCAAAUGCUCAAAGGGUUUCUCGUCAUGUGGACAAAAAUUGUGUUGUCGAAAAAGAAGAAAAAGAUCGAAU